AUGAUAAUGGUAACAUCCUCUCUCCUGUUUUUGUUCGCACUGAUCAUCACCUCCAUGUAUGUCAGUUUAAACGCCGCCAGCGGCAAAUGCGAAGUAAGUAGAAACGUCAAGUACCUGAAGCAGUUAAACAGGAUUACCACGAAAAAGCAUUAUUUGUGUAAAAUUUUUAAGGACAGCUUCCCCUGCUUUUUUGGCAUCUCUGGGUAUGACCCAAAUGGCAGUAAUGGUAGGCUGCUGAAUCGUGCUUCUACACAGUUGAAUCAGUUAAAAAUAAAAAAUGAGAUCUGCCCCAGGGGGAGGCAUUGUGAUGAGGUGCAAGCAGAAAGGGCAGGACAAGAAAGGAACCCCCCACGUGAUGACAAAAGCAUAGAUAGCCUUAAGGGAGGUACCAAAUGGUUCACACAGGAUGGACACCGCUACUCCGUUAACGCAAAUAAAAAUCCACGUGGUGGAAGCAGUGGCAGCUCUACACACACACACACUCCUAAACCACCAAAUGUGUUAUUCAUAAAUUACCCCGAUUUGAAGCAAUUGAAGCAAUUGAAGCAACUGAAGCAAUUGAAGGAGUAUGGCCUGAGGAGGGGGGACGGUUUUAUCACCGGGAAGGCGGCCUUUUUACACACCUGUGAAGGGAACCCACCAGGGGACUACUCCAUCAGCGCGACUCUAGGAAAGAAGCUGUUCAACGUCAAGAACGAGGACACCCAAACAGGGAUAGAGCCACAAUUCACAGGUACGAAUAAAAAGAGCAAUGAUGCAAAGGACCCCCCCCCUAAUUUGAAUGCCCUCUUUGAUCAAAUAAACAGCUACAUAGAUCUGAAAAAGUACAAAAAUACAUAUGGCGAGGAAAUUUUUAACCAAAUAGUUAAAUUAUACGUACAUAGGGAUAUCCCCGAAAAUUACGAACAGUUAUUUUUUAUCGAACCGACGGAGAAAAGCGUCGCAUUGGAGGUAGACAGAUAUGAUGAGGACCAAUUUGAAAAACUGAUUCGAGAAGAGUUCCAAAGAAAUGGAGUCCUCAUAAAUAACAUUAGUAAAAAUUACUACAAAAGGGAAAAUAUCAAGAAGGUUCUCAAGGUCCUAAAUUAUUUACCUCUAUUAAAAUUAAUCAAUAACCCAAGUGAUUUGAAAAAAUUGAAACAGCAAUACCUACCUCUACUGGCUCACGAAUUAAAAAUGUUUCUUUUUUUCAUGGUUAACAUAACUGGUGGUCAUUUUUCCGCUGGGCUAAGCUUGCUAGAGGUGCAGCUGUUGUUACUGUAUCUGUUUGAUCAGCCCCAUGAUGAUGUGAUCUAUGACAUUGGCCAUCAGGCCUACGUGCAUAAAAUACUCACGGGGAGGAAGUUCCUUUUUUUAUCGCUAAGACAGAAGGAGGGAAUAUGUGGCUUUUUAAACAUUUUUGAAAGCACCUACGACAAGUUUGGAGCUGGACAUAGCUCUACUGCACUGAGUGCAAUCCAGGGGUUUUACGAAGCCGAUUGGCAGGCAUGUCAGAAGAGAAGGACCGCUCAAUCGGAAGGGAAAGAAGCACACCCCUUUGAAGAGACAAAAAAUAUCACUUUUAUCCAACCCGGUGAAGGGGGAACAAUCCAUGCAAGGGAGAACCAUCAUGCGAGUCAUCCGAAGGUAGUAGUAGUAGGAGGGACCACACAACAGAGUGCCUACCCUGGGCGAAAUAACUCAGCUGAUCAUUUGAACAAAGUGCAUAUUGCCAUCAUUGGGGACGGUGGCCUAACCGGUGGUAUGGCGCUGGAAGCACUAAAUUACAUUUCAUUUUUAAAUUCCAAAGUGCUAAUUAUUUAUAAUGACAAUGGGCAGGUCUCUCUCCCCACUAAUGCACCCAGCAUCUCGGGGCAUCGGCCAAUCGGAUCCAUCUCUGACCACCUGCACAGCUCUCUCACAAAGAAAAGUGGAAAAGGAGACAGCCAACAUCCCAGUGAUAGGGAAAAGAACAACCUUUUCGAAAAUUUGAACUACGACUAUGUGCAUGUCCAAAACGGAAACAAUACAGAAGCUCUUUUCAACGCGCUGUCGUCCUUUAAAAAGGGCAAUAUGAAAAGAGCCACUGUUUUGCAUGUCUGUACGAGCAAAACCAGUGAGUUUAUAAACGCAAGGGCACCGAUAACUGUGAUGCAUUCAAUUAAGAAGAACGAAAUCUUUCCGUUCAAUGUGGAUACGCUGAGCUCCGAUGGGAGGGAUGUUAAGUCUGCAGGACACAGCUCCUAUAGCCAGAAUGAUAGACCGCACGGUGGCAAAUGCAACUCCGGGACAGCACAACACGAGAAUAUGUUCUCCAAGAAAACCUUCACAGAUGUGUACACAGAAGAAAUGCUAACAUAUUUGGAGCGAGAUAAAAAUAUCAUCUUCAUUUCUCCAGCCAUGCUAGGGGGCUCCGGAUUAGUUAAGAUUAGUGAGAAGCACCCCAACAAUGUAUACGACGUGGGGAUUGCAGAGCAGCACGCAGUAACCUUCGCUACAGCCAUGGCCAUGAAUAAAUCGCUAAAAAUUCACCUAUGCAUUUAUUCUACAUUUAUGCAAAGAGCAUAUGAUCAAAUAAUACAUGACUUGAAUUUGCAGAAGGUCCCAUUAAAGGUUAUUAUCGGUAGGAGCGGCUUAAUCGGAGAAGAUGGAGCUACCCACCAAGGAAUCUACGACCUUACUUUUUUGGGUGCCUUGAACAAUGCGUGCAUUAUAUCUCCGAGUAACCAAGUAGACUUGAAGAAGGCGCUCAAAUUUUGCUACCACGAUGACAACACUGUAGGUGGAUUUUCAACCCACUUCAAUAAUUACCUAAUAGAGAAGAAUUACAUUUCCAGGCACCACUUAUCUGUUCAUAAUAUUUACCUACCGAAUGAUCCCAUUGAACACGCCACGUAUGUGGAGCAACACGUAGAUGUAAAAAUGGAUUCUUGCAGCUUAGUGAACAGAAUAAAGAAUUUCUUACAAGGAGAGGUGUCCAAUUGA